UAUUUAUCCGGGUUUACAAGUCCUCGCUCCUUGUUUCUUUCUUUUACUAAACUUCCGCUGUGUGGAUGAGCAUUGAACAGUGAUAUUUUAUUUCAGGGGGAUAUAUUUGUUAUUUAGGGGGUAUUUUAUUAUCAUACUUGUCCAUAUAAAUCGGACAAAAUUCCGACCAAAGAGAAGAAGGAUACUAGCGUUCCCGAGGUUUCUGUAUUGGGUUGUUUAUCCUUGAGGAUCUACAUCGAGUUCCCCGAGGGCUUCUGCAGACUUACGCAGAAGUUUGACUUCAACGCAGAACCACCGUGGGAUCCCAGCUAGUAUCGGUUGAGUGCAGGUGUUUCCUCUGGCCAGAUUGUUUGUAUAACUUUUGAUAAUCAAAAUGAAGAAAUAUAUUGGAAACAACUCUACUGUUCAAAUUAUCAACUAUGAACGAACCAUCAAGAGCCUUGUAGAGGAGAAAGCUGACCUCCAUGACCAAGAGCAAAAGGAGGAUGCAUUCUUUAUUGGUGACCUCGGGGAUAUUGUCACUAAGUACCAAGUUUGGAAACAGACACUGCCAAGGGUCAUGCCCUUUUAUGCUGUGAAGUGCAAUGAUGACUAUGCUGUACUGAAGCUGUUGGCAGAUAUGGGCACUAAUUUUGACUGUGCAAGCAAGGUGGAAAUUAUGAAAGUUCUGGAUUUGGGAGUUGAUCCGUCCAGAAUCAUCUAUGCCAAUCCAUGCAAGCAGAAUUCUUAUAUCAAGUAUGCUGCCAAGAAACAUGUGGACAUGAUGACUUUUGACAAUGAGGAUGAGCUCCAUAAAGUCAAGGCCUGGUUCCCAGAGGCUAGGCUGGUUCUGCGAAUUCUCCCUCCCUCCAACUUCAAGGUUCAGUGCGAGCUAGGGAACAAAUAUGGAUGUCAUCCAGACAAAGCGUGGUCUUUGCUGGAGGUGGCUCGCAACCUAGAGCUUAAUGUCAUGGGAGUCAGUUUCCAUGUGGGCAGUGGAUGUGAGGAGGCUGAAGCUUUUGCUGUUGCCAUACAACAGGCACGUACUGUCUUUGACCUUGCCCUUGCCAUGGGAUUCAACAUGACCUUGCUUGACAUUGGAGGAGGAUUUCCAGGCCAACAGUCUUCACCAAUUCCAUUCAGUGCAAUUGCAAGUGUUAUCAAUGAGGCCUUAGAUCAGCACUUCCCAGCUUCUUCCGGAGUGGAGAUCAUUGCUGAACCUGGGAGAUACUUUGUAGCUUCUGCCUUCACUCUCACUGUCAACAUUAUUGCCAAGAGAGUGGUGACCAAUGAAAAGACCAUUGAUGAUGCCCCCCAGGACACCCAAGGACCCGUCAUGAUGUACUAUGUAAACGAUGGAGUCUAUGGCUCUUUCAAUUGCCUAUUGUUUGACCAUGCUAAGGUGGAAGUCAGCACUCUUCAGGUAAAUGAAUCCGAGCAGUGUUACAGCAGCAGUGUUUGGGGACCAACAUGUGACGGUCUAGACUGUAUCCUAGAGGAUUGCCCCCUCCCAGAACUCCGUGUAGGGCACUGGCUGUUCUUCAGGGACAUGGGGGCCUACACCAUGUCAGCAGCUUCAACCUUCAAUGGCAUGCCUCCACCCCAAAAGUACUACUUUUGUGAACAAACUAUGUGGAAUGUGGUGUAUCCUGAAAGAGUCAAGAAGAGCACCUACAUCAAGAAGAUUCCCCCCAUGAUGACUGGUCAUAUGCUGGAUGAAGCCCUUGAUUUCUCCGAAGAUAUCUUUGGGACUUCUCCAGCAGCUGAGGCUUUGGUUGGAUCACCAUUUGGCUUUUAAAGAUGGAAGAACUUGACAUUUUCAAACUGAUAUGUCUUUAAGAUUGAUUAUCAAGAGUUAUUCUCUCAAUGGAAACACCUGCACUUAAUCAAAAAACUGGUCGGAAAUUGGAGGCUGAGUCAAUUGUAUCUGUUUCAUUUGUGAAGUGAGAAAGACACAGAAUGAUAUCGGUUUCCUCUAGUCAAAGUAAAUCAUCAGAAAAUUGUU